UAGCCCGCGGGGUGCUCCGAGGUGAAGUUCGUCUUGAGCGAAGAUUCCGAGGUCGUAGACAGGGUACCGCCGACGAUUUGCUUGACGCUUCCGGCGUGCAGGUCUAUGCAAGGGCGGAAGCGCGCCAUUUCUCGCAAAUCGGUGAGGGAGGUCCUAGAGAAGAAUCGUAGAAUGAUGCAAAGGGUGCUUCGUUGAAUGGUGGGGGCGUGCGAGACACGUACGAGAGAUAUCUUGGCGAAAUCUUGGCAUUGACAUUGACGGACAUUUUCCUCCACAAGCUGCGGACUUCCGCGUUCACGGACUAGGACUACAACGGCUAUUGAACAGACAUACUACGACUAUGCCAGCCCUAGCAACGAUGACCACCAGAACGCUGAAGCGGAAGCGUGUAACACGCGAAGAGCCCGAGCAACCCUCCCGCUCACCGACGCCGUCGUCUUCAGAAGCAGAAAGCGAUUCAGAUGACGGGAAGCUACAGGACAUAUUCCGCAAGGCGUUUGAGGCGAAGUUCAAACCCUUGGAUGUGGAGCCUAAGAAGCAAAAAAUUGAGACCGUAGUCGAGGACGUGGAAGAAGAAGACGAAGAAUCAGAUUGGUCUGGCAUAAGCUCCGACGGAGACGAACCCAAUGUCGAAGUCGUGGAAUACACGUCCCGCACACAGCUCGCCAACGAGCGAGCUUCGAAAGCGGAACUGCGUGCAUUCAUGUCCUCAAAACCACCCACAUCAUCCACCCCAUCUCUUACCCAGAAGAAACACAAAUCCAAAUCCUCCUCCGAUGACGACGACCCAACAGAAUCCUCCCAUCUGAAAAACGACCUCGCCCUCCAGAAACUCCUCCGCGACUCCCAUCUCCUCUCCUCCGCCGCUGCGUCCGCCGCCGCUUCCGCCGCUGCCAACACCUCCCUCACCGCAACCGGCGCCGCGCGCCACAAAUCCACCGAUCUGCAGCUCCUCGCCCUCGGCGCCAAAACGUCGAUCCACGCGCAGAAAUCCAUGCCGAUGGCGCAUCGGAAGGGGAUAAUUGCGAAGGCGAGGGAGAGGGAGGAGAAGAGGAGGAAGGAGGCGAGGGAGGCGGGGAUUGUGCUGGAGAGGGAGGUGAAAGUGAAGAAGAAGGAAGGCGGUAAGGAGAGGGAGAGGGGGGUGGGAGGGCCGAGUGUGGGGAGGUUCAAGGGUGGGAUGUUGAGGUUGAGUAAGAGGGAUGUUGCGGAUAUUACGGGGCAUAGGGGGGAUAGGAGUGCGGGGAGGGGUGGGAGGGGGAACGGGAAGAGUAGGAGGAGAUAG